AGUGAUAGGCAAUCAACUCUUUUCUCUCGUCUUCGUUAAUUUCCUCGAAGGACGACUAACAUUUCCGAACGAGUGUUGCCUCAUGAUACACGCAUUGUACGUUUUUCACUGUUGUCAAUGUAAUUAUAAUCAUGUUCGAAUAAAAAUAUAACCUUAGGGUCUCGUAACAAGCGGUAACGUGUAUUGUUGAUUAUUAAUACCCAAUCGUUCCGAAUACACUAUGUUGUAUUUGAAAUUUCAUCGGCGGCUCUAUCUCUAUUAACUUUGAAAUCAUAUGCGCGCGACUCGGAACGUCAGAAUUUAUGGGGAACUAUACCUAAUUUCGGGUAGCGAAUAAUCUUCGGAGGAGACAAAAUAGAUUAACGACGAUAUUCAGUCUGAUACACUUUCGAACAAUAGAAAUAUGUCAACACAAUGUUGUAAAACAAUGCCAUUGGCGUAAGGAUCGUGUUUGUACGGCACUGACGAUGACGUCACAAAGGCAGUAUGGCCGGACAGCAUCGGCUGUCUGCAUUGUAACUGUGGGUGAACGGUUCCCGGGGGUUCCAAGGGAUAUUUUUCAAGAAAUAUGUCGGAUUAUCUGAGAUCCGCGCUGGGAUACUUGAACGGAGCGAACACAAACGAAUACGUCGGACAAAUACUGGAAAUUAACAAUGUGAAAUUGCGCGUGACUAGGCUACUUGCCGAGGGUGGUUGGGCUUUGGUAUUUGCUGUGGAAGAUGUUAACACAGGAAAAGAAUAUGCACUUAAGAGGCUCAUUGCGGUCGAUGAAGAUGCAAACAAAACUAUCAUGCAAGAAAUAGAAACACUGAAAAGGUUAACAGGACAUCAAAAUGUAAUUCAAUAUUUGUACGCUCAACGUUUGGAACGAGAGGACCGGAAAGGAUACGAAUAUUUAUUGGUGACGGAAUACUGUCCAGGUGGAACAGUAGCAGACAUACUACGAAACUUAGCCUCUAAUCCCUUAAGUGUUGCCCAAAUUUGUAGAAUAGUUUACCAGGCAACUAGGGCUGUACAUCAUAUGCAUAAUCAACAGCCAGAACCGUUUGUACAUCGAGAUAUAAAGCUAGAAAAUUUCUUAGUUGGAAGCGACGGUUUGAUCAAACUUUGCGAUUUUGGAAGUACUUCUACGCAGCAGAUUUUACCAAAUCCAUCAUGGAAUGCUCAAAAACGUGCUACGUUAGAAGAUCAAAUGGCAAAGUAUACCACACCAAUGUACCGUGCACCUGAAAUGAUGGACACAUGGAACAAUGAACCCAUUGGUCCACCAGUGGAUUGCUGGGCGCUCGGUUGUAUCCUAUACACCCUCGUUACGCUAAAGCAUCCGUUUCCUGAAGGGAACAAACUUGCAAUAGUCAACGGCAAAUAUCCGCCGCUUCCUCCUAAUCCCCGUUUAAACUGCUUCUACGACAUAGUCAAAGGAUGUUUGGAAAUCUCUCCAGUGAAGAGGCUCACCACAUCCAUGAUUCUAGAACGUCUCGCAGCGAUAGCAGAGUCAAACAAUUUUGAUCCCAGAGAACCCCCGAAGAUAGAAGUUGUGGCAAAAUCUCCACCACCUCCCCGACCAGCACCACCGCCUAACACACCAACUCCACCACCACGACCGUCACCUCCAGUGAAUGCACCACCAGCAAGACCUGCGCCUGCUCAAGUAAUCAUGGCAAAAAUGUCGGUAGCUCAACCUACAACAGGCCUAUUUAGUUCACUAAAGGGUGGUGCUGGUAGUCUUUUACGGAAUUUAAAAGACACCUCGAGCAAAAUGAUGCACACUGUGCAACAGAGCAUGGCCAGAACAGAACUAGACGCGAGUUACUUAACGUCACGAAUACUGAUCAUGCCAUAUCCGGCGGACGGUAUAGAGUCUGCUUAUAGAGCGAAUCAUGUAGAGGACGUCAGAGCGUUUCUUCAAGCGAGACACCCACCUCCGGCUCGAAUUCAAUUGUACAAUUUGUCUCGUGGUCGGCCGAACGUAUCCAGGCUUCCUGGCAGGCAUAUCGAUUGUUCAUUUGCCUAUGCUUCGUCGGAUUCGAAUGCCCCUCUGUUAUCUGCGCUGUAUCAAAUUUGUCAGGACAUUUAUCAGUACUUAAAGGCAGACUUUAAUCACGUGGUGGUGUUAUACUGUACUGACGGAUAUCGAGCAAGUGCUACAAUUGCAUGUACAUUACUGAUUUACGCUAGAGCGUUGACAACCCCUGAAGAGGCGAUAGCGCUGUUCACUACUAGGCGCUGUCAGCCGCCCCAAUUGCAACCUUCUGAACUACGUAGUAUUAGCUAUAUGAGCUUACUAAGCGGCGGCGUACAUCCGCAUACCAAGCCGUUGGCGCUACGUUCUUUAAUUAUACAACCGGUACCGUUGUUUACCAGAGCGAAAGACGGUUGCCGGCCGUACAUAGACAUUUAUAGUAACGGUGCAUUAGUGUUCUCCACUAAGCGACCAGAAUACGAGGAGAUGAGACUGUUUGGCAUGAUGGAGGGGAAGGUACCAUUGACGCUGGGAAAUGCGAUGGUCCGCGGGGAUUUCACCAUAGUUCUGUAUCAUGCUCGGCAGCAGCUUGGCCGUGUAAUAGGAAUUAAGAUCGCCUCUUUACACUUUCAUACGGGCUACAUACCGCCGACCGAGAACACUUUAACGUUUUUGAAGAUAGAUUUAGAUGACGCUCCUGAUGUUGGCGGCAAAUUCCGUGUGAUGUUAAACAUUACGGUAGCCGAAGAGAACUCGAAAUUAACCAGAGUACUAGCACCGUGGGAGGCAGAAUUGGCCACAUCGAGACCGGAACCGGAUCCAUUGUUCGGCUCUACUCUGGAGAUGGAAGAAACAUUGGAGAACUUUAGAACCGCUAAACCGGCAGAAGAGGUGGGAAAGGAACUGCCAACUGCGCCCGUGGCUAUUGAAACGUCGAAUAACGUUAACGUACCGGAAGAGAUACCCCUUAAUAAGGAGGAAGAUGUAGAAGAAGAAGCAAAAGAGGAGGAUGAACUACAGGAGGCCGAUUUAUUGAAUUUAGGAAUUCCAGAAACCAGUACCUUAAAUACUCCGCGGCAAGCUAGCGCUGCUGCCACACCGGGAUUAGAUAUCUUUUCGAAUUCUAGUCAAAAUGAUAACGAUCUCUUAGCAGGUUUCGGUGUUUUCGCGCAGCAGGAAACGGAAAACACAGUACCGACGAUCAGCGAUCCUGCCCAGGACGACCUGUUAUUCGGACAUGGUCAUCAGCCUACUAAGAACGAUAAUACUAAUAAUAAUAUGAAUGACUUAUUAUUCAAUCAGAGCCAGUCGACCGUUAAGCAAGAGGUGAAUGACUUCUUGUUCGAUCCUCUGGCCGGGAACGCAACAGCGAACAAUCUUCUUGGAGGAGGCAUGCAAAAUGUUAAAUCAAACCCCGCAAGAUCUCCGAAUGUCGAGGAGAACUUUCCCCGUAAUUCUAGUGUACCGAACUUUGCUGCAACGCAGAACAAGGAUCCGUUUGCGAAUCUUGCUAAUUCUUUAGGAGCCGGUUUGACAUCUAGUUGGAACGGUACUCCGAGAAAUUCGAAUACUCCUUUAUCCGCUAGUCCUGCGCCAGCUAGUACGCCAAUCCAUUCGAGUCCUAACACGCACAAAUCCAAUGUAACCGGUGAGACCAACACGGCAGACAACAACGGCAGCUCAUCCGGCAAUAAGCCGGCUAAAUCAGGAGACGCGUUCGAGGAUCUGCUAGGUAGUCAGGGAUACAAUUUCUUUAGUUCAAGGAAAGCUGAGAAGGAUAGUCCAAAGACAAUAAAUCAGAUGAGGAAGGUAGAGGCUGCAAAGACUAUGGACCCGGAUCGGUUGAAAAUAGCAGAAUGGACAGAGGGUAAAAAGGGGAAUCUACGAGCUCUCCUCUGUUCAAUGCAUACUGUCUUAUGGCCAGAAGCUGACAGGUGGCAGCGUUGCGAGAUGCACCAAUUGGUUUCAGCUGCAGAUGUGAAGAAAGCGUACAGGAAAGCUUGUCUAGCAGUGCAUCCCGACAAGCAAGCAGGGACGGCCAACGAGAAUAUAGCAAAAUUGAUUUUUAUGGAACUGAAUAAUGCCUGGAGCGCGUUCGAAAACGACGCUUCGCAGCAGAAUUUAUUUAGUUAAUUUCAAUGACUGUUACAUGUUAAAGAAAAUUCAAAUCUAUGUCCAUGAUUAAGGUAGUUCCUAGCGGAAAAACCCGAGAACAUUAUAUUUAAUUGUAAGACAACUACUCCGUGUUACAUUCCAGCUAUGUUGUCUUAGCUGUAGUGACAAAGAAGAAGUAAUGAAUUAAUAGUAACGGCGAUCGUUUAAGUUGAAGCUGCAUUUGAAUGGCUACUGUGUAUAUGCAUCUUUAUUAUAUAAAGCCUUGUAAGAUCACUUAUUCUGUUAAGCGUACUGCGGCAUAAGCAUAUAUGUAUAUAAAGCAUAUGUAAAUUAAGGAAGAUUCCAAAUAUAUAUGAACAUAUUUUCCGGCCAAACACC